CCAUGGCUCCAUGCCCGUAGUCUGCUAUCCGUCCAAGGAGUCUAUCCUGAGCCCGAGGCCGCCCGAACGCAGCGCUGUGAUGCGCCGGACAACCGUCUUGGCGCUGUUCUCUGUGGUCCUGGUCUACCUGGUCACGGGCGCCUUCGUCUUCCGCCAGCUGGAGCAGCCCUAUGAAAUCCGCCAACAGCUGAAAGUCCAUGCUCACCUGGAGCAAUUCCUAAGCCUGCACCAGUGUGUAGCUGUUGAAGAACUGGAAGACCUCAUCCAGCAAGUAAGCGAGGCUAUGGGAGCCGGCGUGGACCCUGUCGUCAACACCACGGACGCUGGCGGCUCACACUGGAAUAUGGGCAGUGCUUUUUUCUUCGCGGGCACUGUGAUCACCACCAUCGGGUUUGGGAAUAUCUCCCCCAAGACCGACGCUGGGCGGCUUUUCUGCAUCUUCUAUGCGCUCGUGGGAAUUCCUCUCUUUGGGAUGCUGCUUGCUGGUGUGGGGGACCAUUUAGGGUCGUCUCUCCGCAAAGCCAUCGGCAAAGUGGAGGACAUGUUCUUGAAGUGGCAGGUGAGUGCCACCAUCGUGAGGGUCCUGUCCGCCUUGCUCUUCAUCCUCAUUGGCUGCCUCCUCUUCGUCUCCUUGCCAACCAUCAUCUUCCAACGGGUGGAAGGCUGGACCCUUCUGGAGAGCGUCUACUUUGUGGUCAUCACAUUGACCACCAUUGGAUUCGGCGACUACGUGGCAGGUGAUACAAGAAGCGACGGUCGCCUGUGGUACCAGCCGCUGGUGGUGGUCUGGAUCCUGCUCGGCUUGGCUUACUUCGCCUCCAUACUUACCAUGAUUGGCAAUUGGUUGCGAGUCCUGUCCCGCCGCACAAGAGCUGAGAUGGGAGAUUUGACGGCGCACGCUGCCUCGUGGACGGGCAACGUGGCGUCCCAGCUGCGCGUCCCCAACAUGGCGUUUCCGGACAAGCUGCACAGAAUGAGCACCUUGAAAGGAAAGCCGCUGUCGCCUUCGGCCAUCUUGCAGCAGGGGGACAGCCAGGAUCUGGUAUUACCGCCCGUGCCACCACUAGACCAGCAGUUUCCGUUGCAGCCGCCAGCUUUGCCACCGCUGCUACCACCGCUGUGUCCGAAUCCGUCCCCGGCCCAGCUGACCACCCUCAACGCUGUCCCCGUGCGGCCUAUAGAUUACGCGGGUGAAAACCUGGCCUUCAUCGACGAGAGCUCGGACGCCCUGAGCGACGGGGGACCGCCUUCUGCCAGGCCUCCUCGCCGCAUGCGUCCCCGGGCCCGGCAUCGCACCAAUAUGGGCGAACCGCCUGGAUUGCCCAUGAUUCUGCUGAGCCGGACCCGGGACAAAGGCGAAUCGGUUUAAGGAUGGGGUCAAGGCAACGCCUGGCCUGGAGCAGUUUCCUAUAUGUGGCCUCGCUCUGUUCAUUCCUCUUCCCUGCGCCCAGCGGAGUGCAAAACGCCCCAGCUCUUGUUUUCGUCGAGGUGCUAACUGAAUGCCCACCGUUGUGCCCUGGCACGAGCCCUCUGCACUGCGGUAGC